GAAACAUUGAACUUUGGAAAACUAGUCAGACUCUAGUAUGUGGGCAAAAGAGAGAGACUUGAAACUCGGAGUGUUUUUUUAAAUAUUAGUAUCAGCUAAAGUCUUUGGGUUUUCAUAAAGGCUAAAAAUGGAAUAUGCAAAGAAGUCCCUCAGUUUCUUGUCUUCCAGUUCCAUCUCCAGGUGUGUUUCUGCCAGUGCAUCAGUAACUUCUCACCUGUUGAACAGUGGUCCACACCAAAGACCAUUUAGAGUGUGCAACUGGGAUCGGAGUUUGAAGAAAGGCAUCAUGGCAGAGGGUCUUCAGGAUCUACUGGACAAGGUCCAAGAAUCACUACAUACAACAUCCAGUGUCUCACUUCUACUGGAGGAAGAUGGGACCUUCAUUGAGACUGAAGAAUUCUUUCAGACAGUUUUGGAUAACACCCUCUUCAUGGUCAUUGAAAAGGGGCAAAAAUGGACACCACCAGAGAAUGUUGGCUUUCACCUGGGUUUCCGCAACAAAUUGCGUAGAAGGAAAGAUGUUGCCAGAAUAACCUUUGACCUCUACAAAGAAAAUCCUCAGGACUUCAUUGGCUGCCUGAAUGUAAAGGUGACCCUCUAUGGCUCCUAUUCUCUUUCAUGUGAUGUUCAGUGUAUGGGAGCGAAGAAAAUAAUGAGGGAAGCCUUGCGUUUGACAAUGUUCACAAUGCAAGCUACAGGACACAUUCUACUUGGAACUUCAAGCUAUGUCCAGCAGCUGUUGGAUGAGGAGGAACAGCAGGCAGCAGGGAAACCCUUCCAUCUUCUUGAAUGAAGGACACAAGCCCUAUCUAUUCAUAGAAUACAUUAAUGACUACUUUCAUAAAACUUUUUGGCACAUUUUAUAUAACUAUCAGGUAUGCUCAUUGAAUACUGGAAUGGUGAGUAAUUUUACCAACAGACCUUGAGUGAUAUGGCUCAAUGAUCUGAGGUUGUUUGCAAAAACUUCAUUGUCAAUCCUGAUCAUAGAACCACACUAGAACAAGAACAUGUUUGCAAUAAUAUGGCCUAAAUGUUUUAGUGGAAUAACUGCAUUGUGGGAAUAAUCACCAGUUAAUCACUAGAGAUUCCUAUAUCAGUACACUCAAUCAAUUUGAAAAAUGGAAUAUUAGUCACCAUUUUUGGAGCUUUGUCCCUUUGUGCUCAGGUGGUGCACAACCCAGUGUUGGUUUUCGUUAGCUUCCACUUACAGUAAAACUAAGUGUGCCCUUAACCACAUUUGUUUUGCCUAAAACCUGUACUUGUCACCCUCCUGUAAAAUUUAUUCAAAGUGUCCACUUAAGUCUGCAAUUGCAAUAGUUAGCUGUAAUCUAGGAUGACUAUUUAUAACUAUCUAAUUUUAUUCUCAAUUGCAAAGGGGAUUUCUAUUAAAAUGGGUGACCACAGGCUUUGACUUGCAAUCCAUUGUACUUGCUGUGGUCAGAGUUGAUUUCUAAGCCAUUCAACAGUGACCUUUUUAACAGAACUAAAACUGUCAAAGUGACAAUGAUGGAGCAAUCUAGUCAAGUUCAACUGUGGUUAUAGCAAGAGUUCUUGCCACAGGGAAAAACUGAAUUAAAUGCAAUUUAAUUGUAAAUCUAAUGGUGAAAAUUAAUGUAUAAAUUUGCCUCUAUGUAAAUACAGAAUAUUUAUCUGAAUCUACUCUUGGUGUACUUGUCCUUCAACUCUGCCUUCAGUUAUUUCUAGCUUGACUGGUUCAGUUAAAUUGCAAAAUCCUAGAUGGCUUUCAAAGUGCAGGUUACAAGCCAUCCACUUCUAAUAUCAAUAGAAAACCAAGAAUAAGGCCACAUGUGAUGUACUGUUUCUUUUUGUUUUUAAUCUUAUUGCAGUUUUGCAAUGUUCAGCAGGUCAGACAGCAUCUAGGAAAAAAAUGGUUGACAUUUCACUUUUAUAUCCUUCAUCAGAACCAAAAGGUCCUGGACAUGUUAACAGUCUCACUUUUCUGUAGAUGCUGAGUGUUUCACACUUUCUAUUUUCACUUCAGAUUUCCAGCAACUGCUUGAUUUGCAGUAUUUGGGAAUUCAAUCCAUCUAAAUUGUUCAUUUAUUGGAAAAUUAGUUACCUCAUUUUCACACUAAACCCAAAAUGUAACUUUAAUUCAAAUUGGUGUCAUUGAUAUUUGGUUUACAGUGAAUAUUAAUUCUAAUUGCAAACACUUCAUUGCUGAAGGUCUACUGUAGUUUUUCAAAUGGUUAUUAUCUUAACUGGGUAUAUAUAUUCAAUAAGUGAAAAUAUUGCUCCUGCCUU